AUGUGCCCUCACCUCAACGGCGAUUCUCUUCCAAAUGAUCCGUCUCAGAUGGUUGCAGUUGACCUCUCGAACGGUACCAAUGGCACGGCCGUCCACGCAUCUUCCGUGAAGACGAACGGUGCGAAUGGCCAUGCCAAUAGCAUCAAUGCCAGGGCUCAAGAGUUACAACGGCGGAACCCGUAUGCUCCUCGGGCAUCCGACUUCCUCAGCAACGUCUCGAAUUUCAAGAUUAUUGAGAGCACUUUGCGAGAGGGAGAGCAGUUCGCUAACGCCUUCUUCGAUACCAAGACCAAAAUCGCCAUUGCGAAGGCUCUUGACGCUUUUGGUGUGGAAUACAUCGAACUCACCAGCCCAGCCGCGUCUGAGCAGUCUCGCAGAGACUGUGAAGCGAUUUGCAAGCUCGGCUUGAAGUGCAAGAUCCUCACACACAUCCGUUGUCAUAUGGACGAUGCGCGGAUAGCAGUCGAGACUGGUGUGGAUGGUGUCGACGUCGUUAUUGGCACAUCGUCUUUCUUGCGUGAAUUCUCACACGGAAAGGACAUGGCGUACAUCACCAAGACUGCCAUCGAAGUGAUCGAGUUUGUUAAGAGUAAGGGUAUUGAAGUCCGCUUCUCUUCGGAGGAUUCUUUCCGAUCGGACCUCGUCGACCUGCUCUCAAUUUACCAGACUGUUGAUAAGAUUGGUGUGAACCGUGUUGGCAUUGCAGAUACAGUUGGUUGCGCAAACCCUCGCCAAGUAUACGAUCUUGUCCGCACAUUACGCGGAGUUGUCAAGUGCGACAUCGAAAUUCAUCUGCAUAACGACACCGGCAUGGCGAUUGCGAAUGCUUACACAGCGCUCGAGGCUGGUGUGACCCACGUCGACACUUCCGUCCUCGGCAUCGGAGAGCGCGUGGGUAUCACGCCUCUCGGUGGUCUUGUUGCUUGCCUCUACGCCGCAAAUCCGGAGUACGUCAAGUCCAAGUACAACUUGCCAAUGCUCCGGGAGAUCGAAAAUCUGGUCGCCGAGGCCGUCGAGGUCAACGUGCCUUUCAUGAACCCCGUCACAGGAUACUGCGCGUUCACGCACAAGGCCGGUAUCCACGCCAAGGCCAUCCUCAACAACCCGUCCACGUACGAGAUCUUGAAGCCUGAGGACUUCGGCCUGACGCGCUACGUGUCCAUCGGACACCGUCUGACGGGGUGGAACGCCGUCAAGAGCCGUGUAGAGCAGCUCGGCUUGAAGCUCACAGACGAUGAGAUCAAGGAUGCGACUGCCAAGAUCAAGGAGCUCGCAGAUGUCCGCACGCAAUCGAUGGACGACGUCGACUCGCUUCUGCGUGUGUAUUCUUCGGGCAUCCAGUCUGGCGAGCUUGCUGUCGGCCAGAAGGAGGCUCUGGACCGCCUGCUGCGCAUGCACAGAGAGCAUACGACCACCAGGCCCUCGAGUCCCCCUCCUGCCUAA